AUGAAAAAGCAGAUAGAGCAGGUCAAACAAUUUCUAGAGACAAUGCCGAAUCUUGAACAAAUGAUAUUAUACUACGAUACACCAUACGAUGACGAUGUGCUUGACGUUUCCAUGCAACUUCAAAUGCUUCAUAGAGUGGCUUCAGCUAAAUGCAAGAUCCAAGUAAUCUCUGACAACCUUAGCUUAUCUGGAAAGAGAGAGAGUCCCAUCUCCAAAAAAAAACCUACGUCAAAACGCAGCCACCAAAACCUUGUAAUAAGAAAAACAUUUUACUGUGGUAACGCUUUAGUCCUAACUUCACUAGCAGUAAUGAGUGCUGCUGCAAGCACAAGACACACCUCGUGGAUGGUGGCUACGGCCAUCGCUGCCGUGGAAACUCGUUGGAACUAUCCUCUCCGUUUUUUCAACAAAGAUGUGAGGGCUCGUCUUCGUGCCAUCGCUGUCACUUCUCGUCCACCUUCCUCCGCUUCUUCUUCUUCUUCUUCUUCGGCUGAUUUAGUCAAGGAGAAUCAUCCUAUGCCUAAAUCUGAAGCUUCCAUGGAAAGAGUUAUGUGUCUUAGCUGCUUUGGCCCAACCACUGUUCGAUUCUAGAUCUCUUCCUUUGUAUGUGACUUUUUUUCUUCCAUCGUUUUCUUGAAUUUGAUUAGUUAAGUUUCUUGUGGUAGCUAAGUCAUGAAUUACAAAUCAUAUAGUUUGAUUAUUUGAGGCAAAUCAAUCGCUUAUGUUGGCCACAUUUUUUUACAACAUUCUCC